AUGGCGAUGAAUAUGCUCCAGACACAAUUGGAGUUAUCGCUUGUAAGGGAGGAGAUUGCAAACAACAUUUGUGAACUACGAUGUAGUGUCACUAGAGACCUGGACGCCCUAAGCCAUGAAGUCAAUGAUGUUAGGGCAGAUCAGCUCGAUCUAUCUAACAUGUUUGCUGAUUUGAAGAACCAUUUAUGUUCACUACAAGCAUCAUAUGUUAACAUCGUUUUGGGUAAAAACAAGUGCACCAAAGUCAAAUGGGUUGUUGGGUGGGUUUUGUUGUCGCUGUUGUGGGGGGUGUUAACCUGCAAGUUCUUAAAAUGA